AUGACAUACCUUUUGCUUGCAGUUGAUUCCUUGGAGCUUCAAGAGACUAGAACCAAUAAUGUGGAUGCCUCUAUAUGGGUCCGUAUAUUUCCAGAUAAACCAGUUACAGUAAGACCCGCAGAAACACGUAUGGGUUCAGGUAAAGGCUCUCCCGAAUAUUGGGUAGCUGUUGUUAAACCAGGUCGAAUACUUUAUGAAAUGGGUGGAGUAACAGAAAAUAUAGCCAGAAGGGCUAUUUCAAUAGCAGCGUCCAAAAUGCCUAUACGAGCUCAAUUCAUCAUUUCGGGAUAA